CAGCACAGAGGCGCUCCGGCACUUGGGCUGGUCGCAGUUGGUCUGGUCUCCUCGUCCACGCCAAGCAGUCCGAGAUGAAGCUCACUCUCUCCCUGGGGCUCGUCGCCCUCCUGGUGGCCGCCUGCACCGCCGGCCAGUACGGCAACCGCUGGCAGCAGCAGGACCAGCGCAGCAGCCGCUUCCAGCGCGGCCAGCAGUCCGACCAGUCGUGGCACGGCGCCUUCUACGCCCCCAGCAGCCAGCGCGGCUACCAGUCCAAGCAGUACCAGAACUACCAGAACCAGUACCAGAGCUACGUCGCCGGCCAGCAGGGACAGCAGUACCAGGACCAGCAGUACCCCGGUCAGCAGGGCCAGCAGUACCCCGGCCAGCAGGGUCAGCAGUACCCCGGUCAGCAGGGUCAGCAAUACCCCGGCCAGCAGUAUCAGCAAUACUCCAGCCAGCAGGGUCAGCAGGGUCAGCAAUACCCCGGCCAGCAGUACCAGCAAUACUCCAGCCAGCAGGGCCAGCCGGGCCAGCAAUAUCCCGGCCAGCAGAACGGACAGCCCCGCGUCGCCGACAAGGAUUUCCUGAUCCGCCAGAAAGCCGUGCUCCAGCUCCUCGUGCACAUCACCCAGCCCAACCUUUACCCCGAGCUGGCUGAAGUGGGCCGCAAAUUCGACGUGUACAACAGCGCCGGCUACUUCAAGAACGUCCAGGCCUACCAGAACUUCCUCGCCGUCUACAAGCAGGGAGUCCUGCCUCAAGGCGAGAUCUUCAACUUGUAUAACGAUGACUACCUGAACCAGGCCAUCGCCCUGUUCGACCUGUUCUACUUCGCCAAGGACUUCGACAGCUUCAUCUCCGUCGCCGCCUGGGCUCGCGACAACUACAACGAGGGCCAGUUCGCCUACGCCUUCUACGUGGCCGUGAUCCACCGCGACGACACCUACGGCAUCGUCCUGCCUCCCCUGUACGAGAUCUACCCCUACUUCUACUUCUAUGGCAACGACCUCCAGCAGUUCUCCCAGGCCAAGCAGCAGGGCAAGAACGCGUACUCCGUGUACACCAACUUCAGCGGCUACAACUACGGCUCUUACUACGGAAACUACUACGGAAACCAGGAGCAGCUCCUGUCCUACUUCACCGAGGACAUCGGCCUGAACGCGUACAACGCCUACUCCCACCUGUACAACCCCUUCUGGCUGAGCGCUGAGAAGUACGGCUACAACUUCCAGGCGCGCGGCGAGUACUUCUACUACUACUACCAGCAGAUCCUGAACUUCUACAACCUGAACCGCAUUGCCAACUACCUGCCCGAGCUGGAGUACUUCGACUGGGACAAGCCCAUCCCCAACGGCUACUACCCCAACAUCCAGUACCACACCGGCAAGCCCUUCCCCCCUCGCCCCGACAACUACCCUCUGCAGAGCAUCCGCUCGUACACCAUCCAGGACAUCCAGUACAUCGAGUACCGCAUCCAGGAGGCCAUCGACUCCGGCUACGUCUACAGCAAGGAGGGUUCCCGCAUCCCCAUCGUCAACUACAUCAAGGGUAUCAACCUGCUGGGUAACAUCGUGGAGGCCAACGGCGACUCCGUCAACUCCCGCUACUACGGCUCCUACCAGUCCAUGCUCCGCAGCCUGUUCGCCCUGAUCGUGGACCCCGGCUACAACCACGGCGUCGUCCCCGGCGUGCUGGCCAACUACGAGACCGCCCUGCGUGACCCCGCCUUCUACUACUUCUACAAGUACAUCAACCGAUUCUUCCGCCAGUACGCGUACAACCAGCCCUCUUACAAGUUCGAGGAGCUCGCCUUCUCCGGCGUCUCCGUCAAGAACAUCGAGGUCGAGAAACUGUACACCUACUUCGACUACUUCAACGUUGACGUGAGCAACGCUUUCUACGUGAACAACGCCGAGGAGGCCAAGUCCCUCAACUACGUCGCCCGCAGCCUGCGCCUUAACCACGAGCCUUUCAACUACAAGCUCUACGUGAACAGCGACAAGAACGUGAGCGCUCUGGUCCGCGUCUUUUUCGGUCCCUCCUACGACGCGUACUACAGCUCCCUGUACGGCUUCUACGCCGGCGGCAACGAGGGCUACUACCAGGGCUACCCCCAGCAGCAGAACGUCAGAGACGCCUUCCAGUACGUCAACUUCGACAAGCUCAAGGAGUACUUCGUCGAGUGGGACCGCUUCCCCGUCAACCUCGUCCCCGGCGAGAAUGUCAUCAACCGCUCCUCCAAGCAGUUCACCUCCACCGUGGGCGACUACCCGUCCUUCGACCAGAUCUACCAGCAGGUGGAGGCCGCUCUCCAGGGCCAGGGCUCCUUCUACAUCAACGACAACGACCAGCAGUGCGGCUUCCCCGACCGUCUGGUGCUCCCCAUGGGCAGCAAGGAGGGCACUCCCUUCGCUAUCUACGCCGUCGUGAGCCCCUACACCCAGCAGAACCAGCAGCCUAGCCAGCAGUACCAGCAGAACCAGCAGUACUCUUGCUCCGGCGUCUUCAACUACAACGACAACCGCCCCCUGGGCUUCCCCUUCGACCGCGAGAUCGUCGACUUCAACCAGUUCUACACCCCCAACAUGUACUUCAAGGACGUCUUCAUCUACCAGAAGUCUUUCCAGCAGGUCAACGAGCCCAACAACACUGCCUAAGCACUUUGUGAUACAUAGUAAAUAAUUCCUUCUGUCAGGUUCACCGCUCUAAUAAUUUGCCAACACUUUCAAAAUAAAUUAUGCAUUGAGUCAUUCAA